AUGAACACAAAACAGUCGUCAACAGUUGCCAGCGCCAGCGGCCACGAUGAACUCGGCAAUCUGUUGUGGCAACAGGAAGCCACCGAAUUCAUUGAGCAAUUUCCCUGUGCUGCCGCCGCUGUUCAUACUCAACACUGUCCUGUGCCGCCCAUCCGCCAUUGCCACGCCCAUGGCCAUGGACAUGUGCGCGGCGGUGGCGAAUUGCUGUCGACACAGCAGCGACAUCAGCGUGACAUGUUUAGCGGUGACCUGGGCAUACCGGAGAUUAGCACACACGUCGGCAGUGUUGUGCACACCUUUGAAACGUUGGCGCUGCAGCGUCGACUCGCCGAGGCCGAGCAGGAGCGUGACCGUGAGCAGAGUAAGUAUGAGCUGCGCACGAACAACCAAAGCAACAGCAAUAUCAACAGCAACCAAAGCAACGGCAACGUUCACACGAGCCAAAGCAAAUACAGUCAAGUGAAACGCAAGUCGCAGGAAUUGCGGCAGCGGGUGCAGCACAUGCAACGUCAAAAGCAGAAGCUGCAGGCACAGACAUUGGCACUGGCAAAGGCACAACAUUGCAUACUAACCAGCAACAACAACGUCGCACAGCAACAACAUCCUGCACCUGGCAAGCUAACAAACAGUUGCAGCACUCAGAGUCUGGCCAACCAAUUGGCCAACUUGCCUCCAAUGGCUGCCACCACGGCACAUUCCACCGAACAUUUGCAGCCACUGUACGGCGGCAUUGCAGCCGAGGAUUAUCGCAAGAAUCUCUUUGGUACGCUGCUAUCGCAACGAACGCGGCCUUUGACGAGAUAUUUGCACGCUACGACGACGAAGAGGGGGGAGGAGGCAAGUGAAGAGCAGGAACUGGCCACCAGUCGCACCUUCACCAACACAAUUACGAACACCGAUGACUUGUACGACGACGAGCAUAUGCUGGUCAGUCUCAGCGAACUGGACGAUGAUGUAUUUGCCAGCCGAGCUCAAACAGCUUCGACCACGCCCACCACAGCCGGCGCGGGGCGUACGCCAAAGCACAGUCAUCCGGCGUUGCAAAAGUAUCCGGCACCAGCGCCACCGCCACUUCAACAGCGCUCCAGCACGCUGACCAAUCUCUUCGAACGCCUUAAGAGCAGCUCGGGGGGCAGCGGCAAGCGCACGAAUUCGGAGCAGCAGCUGCAACAAGCGGCAGCAAUGGCUGCGGUGGCAACACCAACGCCGCUGCACAAAUAUGCGGCACAGCCGCAAUUGAACGAAGACUUUAAUCGCGGCUCGACCCUGAGUCAAUCCUUUGUCCGGCAACUGAAGCGUGUGUCGCACAAACAGAAACGUGCCCCCCCCCAGCCGCCGCCCAAGCCGCGUUCCAAUGUGGCGCAUGUGACGCCGCUGCGCAAUGCUCUCAUCUUUCCCAAACGCUCUAGAUCGUCCAAUGAGCUGCUGCUCGACGAUCUCAAUGUGCAGGCUCGUAAGUAUUUCCGACGGUCGGAGCAUAGCGCAGCGGUGUAAUUGGUGGAGCACCCUGUAAAUAAAUCACCCUGUUUUGCUCACCCUUCGCUCCCACACUCACCUCAUUUUGUCGUUGUUAUAUGACUGAAAUUCCGACAAAACCAACAACAAGAAAAAGACUUUCGAAUAACUGUUUUAUUGCUUCAAUUCUUGGCAGAGGCGACGCUCUUGUAGACUAAUUGUAUCCCUGAUUCCCCUCGACCACGACCCCGAAAACGACCCGAUAACGAUAACGAUCGACACAGCUGAGGAUUGAGCGCAGUUUGUCCCGCCGCCCGCCCGCCAUACAUGAUGAACAACUCUUUCUCAAAUGCGAAAAAUUUCCCAAAGAUUUUUAAUGCGCCAUAAAUUGGACUUAAAUUUGCCAGCACUCAUAAAAAUCAACUAAUCGAAUCAAAAAAAUAUUAUUAAGAAAUGUUUACAAUUCACAUUUCACUGAAAUCUUUAAUGCGUACUUUUCGGAGCAUCAGAAAACAAUAAUUCUAUGCAAGUCCGAAAAUUGUGCUAUACAAAUUUCUGUGAAAUUCGAAUAAGACCUAUUCUGAAUUACCAUUUCGCUAGAAUUUCAUAAAUCGAAAUGAACUUCGCAACAGGUCGAGAACAAAGCAGUUGAGCAGUUUUUAAGAGAAAAUCAAAUAAACCAUUUAAUAUACAUAUACAUAUAUAUAAAACAAAAGUUAUAUAUAACCACAUAUUGUAUAAGAUACAAGAUGCAUGCAAAUCAAAUUAUAAAACAUCCAAUAUCUUUAUAUAUAAAUGUACAAAAUCGCAACUUUUCAAAUCAAAUAACAAUUUUGUGCCCUAAACGUAAAAAAAAAAAUAUUAAAGAAAGUGCAUGUUAAGUAUAUGUAAUUUUUGUCAACAAGAAAAAUUCAUGAUGAAAUCAAAUAGAAUAUAUAUAUAUGUAUAUGGGAAGUUUGCAUUAUAAUAAUACAAAUAACUUAUUGAUGCAGCCAAGUGUAUGGCACUUUACAGGCAUUUAUGUAAUUACCAUAAUCUGUUGUAACUUGUAGGCUAAUUAAACCCCCAAAAAACUAAAAGGAACAAAAAAACAUAACUAAUCCUUUAUGUGCAUGCAAUAAAAACCAGAAAAAUAUUUAUUUUGUUUUUG